AUGGAUUCCUACAGUGUCCGAAGAUAUUUGUUCGAGAAAUCCAAGCGUCUCUUUGACGGAGAUGAUGACGGAUCCAUCACCAAGAAACCAAGACAAUCUCAGAAACCAACUACGUCAUCGUCACGUGUUCUCAGCAAGUCGCUGUCAUUUGGGGAUCAUCCUGCUGAAAAUGCAUGCCAUGACGUCAUUUCCGCUGUUGAGCGAUUAGUCGGGGAAGACAAUCUGACAGGAAAUAGUGAAACUACAUACAGUUUACCCACAAUUCCCGGUAAACACUCCGACCUUAAGAGCAUCACACCAGAGACUAUGUCUCAUGUUUUGGCGGGACGAUAUGAUGACGUCAUCAGUAGCUAUCGCAUCAUCGACUGUAGAUACCCUUACGAGUAUGACGGCGGUCAUAUAAAGAAUGCCGAGAACCUUCUCACACAUGACAACAUCAAGGAUCUUUUAAUGUCCCGCACAAGCGCAGAGAGCGAAAGACAUAUGCUUAUAUUCCAUUGUGAAUUCUCUUCAGAGAGAGGUCCAAAAAUGUCCAGGUUCCUCCAAAGCAAAGAUAGAGAGCUGAACAAUGACCGAUACCCAUUUUUGAACUUCCCGGAAGUGUAUCUGUUGCAUGAUGGGUACAAAGGUUUCUACGAGGCCCACAAGGAGCUCUGUCAGCCAAUGAGUUACAAGCCCAGGUUUCAUGAAAACCAUGCCAAUGAUUUACGUCACUUCCGCUCCAAGUCUAAAUCCUGGUGCGCAGGCUCAAAGAAGAGAAAAAGUCAACGUAAAAUUCUUUGAAAGAAAAAAAGACAAUUCAUUGCAAAGCUAUUCCAUUUAAAGAUACAGCAUUUAUAAAGACCUUCGACCCGUAACUGCAUAUUUACUAAUAGUGCUAUUUUUGUAAACAUGACACUGCAAUGUUUUUAGGUGUAGGAGAUGGACUUCUAGUUCAAACUCAAGAGAACGUAUGUACUUGUAUCUUGUUAAA